AGGAACACCUUCUGCCCACACGGCGCCGCGGCUCACCCACGGCGACCAGCGCGGCUCACCGGUGGCUGGUCGCCGUAGACCGCCCCAGCCCCCGCCACCGCGCCCUCCACCCUCGACGCGGCUCGCCCACGAGGACCAGCGCGGCUGCUCCCCCCUCAUCGACCACGGCCGCCGCGACGACCAGAUGGGAGAAGCUCCAUGCCGGCGUGGUGGUGCGCCACCGAGCCACCCCCCACACGCCCUGCACCUUGAAUCUAGCCGAGGGAGCUGCGUCUCCAGCCAAGACUACCACUGAUCGAUUCACCUCCGGCGAGAAGCCAGGAAGCAGCAGGGGAGCACCACCCACCACGCAGCAGCAGCAGCUCCUUCAUCCAUGGCGCGGAAUUGAAUUUCCAUUUCUGACUAGGCUUUCCAUAAACCACCAUUCCCAUUGUUUGUUUGGUUCUAGGGAUUAGUCGGGCUGAAUUUCAAUAAGCCAGUACUCCAAUUUCAAAUGUACCUUUCUCUUACAUAGCAUUGUUUCUACUGAUGGCAUGUAACAGGUCACCUAAAAUUGGACCCCCAACUUCAUCUGUUAGGGUACCUAGGAAUUUCUACCCACUAGUCAAGACUACAAGUGCAGUAAGUCCAACUUCAUCUGCUAGGGUACCUAAGAAUUUUCCUCCAGGAGUAAAGACUACAGGUGAAGUAAGAACUACAAGAAAGGACCAUGGUUUGCACAAGUGAGUGGUAUUUUGCAAGAGGGCUCAGAUGUCGGCUAUUAUGUUGGGGGAAAGGAUUACUUCUUGCCGUUUAUUUACACACCUUCUCUUAUCGGGCAUUACAAAUAUUGUUGUUGUUAAUACUGUUGUCGACUAACAUUCUAGAGGUUGCUACAUAAAGGAACUUGGAAUCAAUUAUCAUUGCUGCAAUACAGUGAUAAAAUUGCUAUCACUCCCGUUAGAUACAUACUAAUAAAACAACUCAAUCAACUAGUCAGCCUGGAACCUUAGUCUACUGAACCUGACCAAGAAUUUUGUUAUGCUGUGCGAACAGGUUAGUCCUUCACAGUUCGAAGGUCAUGCUAUCCGAGCUGCUCGAAGCAAACAUUUGGGGGGGGGGGGGGGGGGAAUGUGACAUUGGAUGCCUGAAGGAACAUGGAUGUGCUGCGCCGUGUUGCGUGUGGGGUAGGAUGCAGCAAGAUGGUGGUUCCUGUGAUCCUCUUCCGUGUCAUGGGCAGUGAAGCCGGCGGGCUACCCUUGGUCGCCAUGAGCAGGGAUAACCAAGGCUUGGUUGCAAUAAAGAUCCUCAACCCGGGAUGGCAAGGGAGCAGAGAGUUCUGCACAGAAGUUAUGGUGUUGAGCAAGAUGAAUCACCCGAAUCUUGUCAAGCUUGUUGGCUUCUGCGCUGAUGAUGAUCGGAGGCUUUUAGUGUAUGAAUUCAUGCCUCUGGGUUCCCUGGAAACUCACCUUUUCGAUCUUCCCCCUGAUAAGAAGCCUCUUGACUGGAAUACAAGGAUGAAGAUACUUGCUGGGGCAGCUCAAGGCCUGAAGCAUUUGCAUGUUAACUGCAACCCUCCUGUCAUAAACUGUGGAGUGAAAUGCGCGAAUAUUUUGCUUGGCGAGGGAUAUCAUCCAAAACUUUCAGAUUUUUUUGUUCCAAGCAGAGUGGUGGGUACACCUGGGUAUUGUGCGCCAGAGUAUCUUGAGAGCGGUCAGUUGACUACCAAGUCAGAUGUUUACAGCUUUGGUGUUGUUAUACUGGAGGUUAUCACAGGAAGAAAGGCUUACCCUUAUUCAAUGGGUCAGAAUCGAAUGGGAGCUGAGCUUACUCUUGUUCAAUGGGCCGCCAACUUGAUCGCCAGAAAGGAUUUUGGAACGUUGGUAGAUCAAAUGCUUACAAAUCAAUACAGCAUCACAGAAUUGUGCAGGGCCCUCACCAUUGCUCGCAUGUGCCUCAAAAGAACUGCCAGCGAGAGACCUGAGAUGGUGGAUGUAGCUGCCGCACUCGCCUACAUCUCGACUUAAUGAAGAACGCGCUCAGCAGCUCAAGAUUCACCAGCCCGGGAAAGAUGUAAUAGAUACUUGUUAAUCUUAGCUUCCUCCUCUUGCUGACAUGCUGCUGCUGUAGCGUGUAGAUGUGAUAUGCUGCCGUAUAUUGACAUGCCUACUCUGCCUUAAAGUGUUCAAUGUUUUGUGUA